AUGGAGAAAUUCCCAAGUGACUUUGUCUGGGGUUAUGCAACAGCCAGCUACCAGAUAGAAGGAGCGGCAAACGAAGGCGGUCGCGGGCCCUCCAUCUGGGACACAUUUUGCAAGGUCCCCGGAAACAUCCGUGACGGCUCGAAUGGCGACAUCGCUACCGACUCAUACCACCGGUACAAAGAGGACGUGGCGCUUCUGAAAUCAUACGGUGUCAGGGCGUACCGGUUUUCUCUUUCCUGGUCUAGGAUUAUCCCGCUGGGAGGCAGACAGGACCCCGUCAAUCAAGAGGGCGUUGCAUUCUACAGAAGCUUAAUUGAGGAGCUGCUGAAGAAUGAUAUCACACCCUAUGUUACGCUAUAUCACUGGGAUUUACCGCAGGGUCUCCAUGAUAGGUAUGGAGGAUGGCUCAACAAGGAAGAGAUUGUCCAGGACUAUGUGAACUAUGCGAAGAUCUGUUUCACUGCGUUCGGGGAUCUUGUGCAAAACUGGAUCACACACAACGAGCCGUGGUGUGUAUCGUGCUUAGGUUACCAGAAGGGCGUGUUUGCUCCCGGACACAAGAGCAACACAGAGCCUUGGAUUGUAGCGCACAACCUAAUUCUGGCUCAUGCGUUCACCGUAAAGCUGUACAGAGACGACUUCAAGGCCGUACAGAAGGGCCAAAUCGGAAUCACGCUAGACUUCCAUUGGCCUAUUCCCUAUGAUGAAACUCCAGAAAAUGUCGAAGCAGUCAAGCGCGCGACAGACUUCAAACUUGGUGAAUUUGCGGAUCCAAUAUACAAGGGAUACUACCCAGCUCGCGUCAAAGCGGUGAUCGGUGACCGUCUCCCUGAAUUCACCGCUGAGGAACUCGCCGUUGUCAAAGGCUCUUCCGACUUCUUCGGAUUCAACACUUACACUUCGCAGAUCAUUCAGGACGGCGGAGAUGACGAGACGAACGGAUAUGUCAAGGUCGGGCACACCCGCGCCGACGGUACUCAACUUGGUACCGAAGCUCAUUGUUCAUGGCUUCAGUCUUAUCCGCCCGGCUUCCGAUCGCUCUUGAACUACCUAUGGAAGACAUACGAGAAACCGAUUUAUGUCACCGAGAAUGGGUUCGCUGUCAAGAACGAGAACGUCCUCCCACUUGAGGGUGUCGUACUCGACACCGACAGGAUCGAUUACUUUGAUGGGUACGCAAACGCAAUGUUGCAAGCGGUGGUCGAGGAUGGCGUUCCUGUGAAAGGUUACUUCGGCUGGAGUCUUCUCGACAACUUUGAGUGGGCCGAUGGAUAUGAGACACGGUUUGGUGUCACGUACGUUGACUACAAGACACAGAAGAGGACUCCCAAGCAGUCAUCGCAGUUCCUGAAAAAGGUAUGUGUUGCGCAUCCUGUUUUCGUACCGCUGGACCCACAUACGUUUAUCUCUUUACAGUGGUUUCCAGAGCACAUUGCUGCAUAG